AUGGCGCUGGCUCCAGGGAGGUCGGGUGGAGAUAACCCCAUGGAAGAGGCGGCCGUCAAGAACCGCAUGAAACCCUCACUUCCUCUGUGUAGUUCAGGCUCCCAACCACAAGCACCAAGGCAGCCAGGCAGGCAGCACGCGCCAGGCAGCCUGAGCACCAACCCAGCCAUGCUCCAGGAGAUCCGUGAACCCCUCGAGCUCCUAGGCUCGGAGACUAUUUUCCUGGACAACUAUAACUCUUCCUUUGACUACGGAGGAGAAAACGGGACUGAUUUCUGCUGUGACGCCCCACCCUGCCCACAAGACAUCAGCCUGAACUUUGACCGGGCCUUUCUGCCAGCCCUCUACGGCGUCCUCUUUGUGCUGGGGUUGCUGGGCAACGGCGCCGUGGCGGCCGUGCUGCUCAGCCAGCGGGCAGCCCUGAGCAGCACCGACACCUUCCUGCUCCACCUGGCCGUGGCGGACACCCUGCUGGUGCUCACCCUCCCGCUCUGGGCAGUGGAUGCUGCAGUCCAGUGGGUUUUCGGCUCCGGGCUCUGCAAAGUGGCAGGUGCCCUCUUCAGCAUCAACUUCUACGCAGGGGUCCUCCUGCUGGCCUGCAUCAGCUUUGACCGGUACCUGAGCAUCGUACAUGCCACCCAGCUCUACCGUCGCGGGCCCCCGACCCGCGUGGCCCUCACUUGUGUCGUUGUCUGGGGGCUCUGUCUACUCUUUGCCCUCCCUGACUUCAUUUUCCUGUCGGCCCACCGUGACGCACGCCUCAAUGCCACUCACUGCCAGCACGACUUCCCACAGGUGGGCCGCACAGCUGUGCGUCUCCUGCAGCUGGUGGCUGGUUUCCUGCUGCCCCUGAUGGUCAUGGCCUACUGCUAUGCCCGCAUCCUGGCUGUGCUGCUGGUCUCCAGGGGCCAGCGGCGGCUGCGAGCCAUGCGGCUGGUGGUGGUGGUAGUGGUGGCCUUCGCCCUCUGCUGGACCCCAUAUCACCUGGUGAUGAUGGUGGACAUCCUCAUGGACAUGGAGGCCUUGGCCCGCAACUGCAGCCGAGAAGGCCAUGUGGACGUGGCCAGGUCCGUGACCUCAGGCCUGGGCUAUAUGCACUGCUGCCUCAACCCGCUGCUCUACGCCUUCGUGGGGGUCAAGUUCCGAGAGCGCAUGUGGACCCUGCUCCUGCGCCUGGGCUGCCCUGGCCGGAGUGGGCAGCAGCGGCCGCUGCCGUCGUCCCGCCGGGACUCGUCCUGGUCUGAGACUACAGAGGCCUCCUACUCAGGCUUGUGA